GUGGAGUGUAGCGAAAGACGGGAAAUGCCCCUGGAAUGCUGUUUGUCACUGCUUGGUAGGCCGUCCGCUCGCUGUCGAGCUCUCCGAUCAUGCUCUCCUUCGUUGUCAGUCAUAUUUCUCUCCAGCUUAAAGCCUUUCUCGACGUCGGGAGAUAGCUUACUCAUUGGCACGAUGGGGAGAGGAGUGGGCAAGAUAAGAUCUUGUGAUGCUUUCUCACAAGAGACACCCGUGGCUUCCUUCCCAGCUAGCAAGAACUCGAGAAAGCUGUGUCUAAUCCCAGCUGACCUGGGGCGCUGGUGGUGGCAAAAUAGACCGCCGGCUGGUGACUUCAUCCUUCUCUAGCCGCGUCCAUCGAUGCCAUGUGCGCUUCGAAGUUCACAGCCCGUACCUAAUGAAUUCAUUUCAAGUGCGGCACGUAUCGACCUAGCGGACACUACUCGAACUUGUGCAACUUCUUAACGUCCACGCUCUCCAAAACUCCCUCGGCGAUUAGAUCUGCUACGCUAGUUGUCGCAACAUACUGAGUCCCUUGUCCCGGCUGCUCGAACCACGCCGCGAUCGUCCCCGUCAGAACGACGAACUGCUGUUUCACCCGAUACACAUGAUAGUUUGCCCGCGGUCCGCCGGUGGGGUUGUCCAAGCUAGAGGGCGGCAGUGCCCGCUGACCAUACGGAGUGAAAGCCGGCGCGAGGAAGAUCCCGGUCUCGAAUCCGAAUCGGUCCAACAACAUUCCCGGAACCAGUGUCUGAUUGCCCUCGAUCGCCAUGGCCGUGUUGGAGAGCUGGAACCCAUCGUCGGGUGGGAAAACAAAAGCGCCCGUUGAGCUGUUGGUGUAUUUGGCGAGCCAUGCGUCAGGGCACAGUCCUCCGAAGCGAUCGUAGCUCGCUAGCAUUGCGUCGAACGGGAAGUGGUGGGGCAGCUUGGCAGGUCCCAGGCGAUGGUCGCCGCAGAGAAACUGCGCGCCGUCGGUACCGUUCGUUCCAGCACAUGUGCACUUGGUCUGGUAUCGAGCGAUCAGUUCCAGCCAUCCGAGCUCAGCGAGCGGGCGAGACGACGACCGACCGAAAGACCCGUUAUAUGCGCAGGAUUCUCGGCAAUUGGAAUCGCGAAAACCGCUCUCGACAGCAGGCAGAUUAUGAACGUGGCCAAGACGAACAUUGCAGACCCGGGGCUACUUCACAGUGUGCCUCUGACUCGAGCCUUUAUCUUGCACUCAAAUUGUCGCGUCUUGCUGGAGCUGCCUGGCGAAUUGUACGUGCACGAAUCCAAAGACGCCACUUCCUCGAUAACACACAAGCUCCAAACAAUACGUUUUGACUGCCAGAAUACUUAAUCGCCAUGAUAAUCAUAUUUCGCCGUCCGUCCGACAGAUUUCAAACUACACGAGGAUUCUCGAGAAGGCUUCGCCGAUGACAUAUCUCGAACAUCGAUGUAUCUUUGACAGGCUGGUUUUUCGCUGCGUUUUGAUCCUGUAACAUCGGCGAGUCUCAGUCUGCGAGCGCAUCAGCCUCAGGCGUGCUUAUGAGGGAGCGAGUCACGAGAUCUU